UACAAUCCCCACCUUCGCCGGGAGCCGGCGUCAUCAUCUAGAAUCUUACAUGGCCAUCUGCAUUCAACGCCAAAGUGGUUUGUGCAGCUAUACUGCGAAAUUGCUUGCACCAGAACACCCUAGCCAUGUCAACAGCCAAGUACACACCGGCUCCGCAGGAGGACCCGGAUGCGCACCUCAAUUACACACAGCCGCCCCCGUCGUACCAGGCAGAGAGCAGCUCUGCUCAAGAUCAAGAUCGCUUGUUUGGUGCGCCGCGCAGCAGCGAGGACAACAUUCCCGAUGAUUUCAAGUUUGGCGGUUCUGUCGCCGAAGCGACCGUCGAAAUUCGGAACCAAUUCAUCCGCAAGGUCUACACCAUCCUGACGGUGCAGCUCGUCGCCACCGGCGUAGUGAGCGGCGUCAGCUUCUGGAGCGACAGCUAUAGGGCAUGGAUCCAGACACAUCCCGCUAUGCUGUACCUUUCGCUCUUUGGUGCCAUGGGUUUCAUGCUCCUCACGUACUGGAAGCGCCACUCAUACCCGACCAACCUACUCUUCCUUUCGGGCUUCACGCUGCUAGAGGCCUACACCAUCAGCGUGGUCGUAUCCUUCUUCCAGACGUCGGUCGUGCUUAACGCGGUCGUGCUCACUGCCGGCAUCUUCGUCUUCCUGACGGUGUUCGCAUGCCAGACAAAGUACGACUUUACGAGCUGGAUGCCCUACCUGUUCGGCGCGCUGUGGGGACUGCUGCUCUUCGGCUUUAUCGCCAUCUUCCUCCCGUACUCGAGCACCACCGAGCUUGUCUACGGCCUGCUUACCGCGCUCAUCUUCAGCGGCUACAUCCUCGUCGACACCCAGCUGGUUCUGCGCAAGCACCACGUCGAAGAAGAGAUUGCUGCCGCCAUCAGCCUGUAUCUUGACAUCAUCAAUUUGUUCCUGGCCAUUCUGCGCAUUCUCAACAGCCAGCAGAAUAAUUAGGUGGAGUGGGAAGGGGAGCAGGAGAACGAUAAGGCCUGGGGUGUACGUUGUUUCUUUAUGGAAAUAGGUCUUGUAUGGUCUCCUGACGGAGGAAUUUUGCAAUUGAGCAUGAGCACGGUUUCCGUUUUACAGUCUUACUGUUCUCAUCAAGGACUUUACCGCGAGAGCAGGCUGGAAGCUCUUGUUCCUGAAUUAUCCGCAGUUGCUCAAGUCCGAGUGUUUCGUAGUUCGUUUUGUUUUGGGAGGCAUGUUGGGAUUUGUGCUGUAGGCUACAACGGCAAUUACUUCAACUCAUCGGGUCAGCUAAUGCACGCAGGCAGCUUAGCCUUAUCAGAAAGCAAUACAGUCUACGUUUCACCAUAAAGCCUGCGGGUA